AUGUCGACACCGACACCCAAGCCUCUACCCGACAAUCUAGACAGAGGCAUAUUCGAACAAGACGAGAACAUCGCCAACCCACCGCCACGCGAGAAAUUCAUUCCACAACGAACAUUCGGAACAGCAGCCGAACGUGCUCGUCGCAAUCUCAACGCGAAGCUCUCGAAUCCGUUGGCAGGGUUUAGCCACGCCGAGCUCCGCAGACAAGGUCGCAACUUUGCGCUUACCCACGAAAUCGGCGACGACGAGGAUGUGCGCGCUUUCGAACUGGGCGCAGUUUUGGCUCAAGCGCCUGAGCGAUAUGAUAGUGUAGCUGGAUUGACGAGUCAGGAGAAGGAAAUUCUACGUCGAGAAUUUGAGCAUCGCUGGUCGCAGCCUUGGAAAAUGUAUGCUGUUAUUGCGCUUUGUUCGCUUUCAGCUGCUGUACAAGGAAUGGACGAAACAGUAGUCAACGGCGCUCAAAUCUGGUAUAGACACCAAUUCGGUAUAGCCGGCAAUAAAUACAGAGACACCUGGCUGGUCGGCCUAAUCAACUCCGCACCAUAUCUCUGCUGCGCCAUAAUCGGCUGCUGGCUCACCGUCCCCUUCAACCACUGGUUCGGCCGCCGAGGCACAAUCUUCAUAACAUGCUGCUUCAGCGCAAUAACCUGUCUUUGGCAAGGCUUCGUAUCCACAUACUGGGCAAUGUUCAUCGCGCGCUUCUUUCUAGGAUUCGGCAUCGGCCCCAAAUCAGCCACAACCCCAAUCUUCGCGGCCGAAUGUGCACCACCACCAAUUCGUGGCGCGCUGGUGAUGAGUUGGCAAACGUUUACCGCUUUUGGAAUCAUGCUUGGAUACGCGGCGGAUCUGAUUUUCUAUCAGGUGGCUGAUACGCCGGGGAUUGUGGGUUUGAAUUGGAGAUUGAUGAUGGCGUCGGCGAUGUUUCCGGCGCUGGUGGUUUGUUGUUUUGUUUUCUUUUGUCCCGAGUCGCCGCGUUGGUAUAUGAGUAAGAAGCAGUACUAUCGUGCUUACGAGAGUAUUUGCACGCUGCGGUACCAUAAGAUUCAGGCCGCAAGGGAUUUAUAUUAUAUGCAUACACUUUUAGAGGCGGAGAAUGGGAUGAAGCUUGGGCAGAAUAAGGUUUUGGAACUUAUUACGGUUCCGAGGAAUCGGAGGGCUAUGAUUGCUUCUACGAUUGUUAUGUUUAUGCAGCAGUUCUGCGGUGUCAACGUUAUAGCAUACUACAGCAGCGAGAUUUUCUUGGAAGCAAACUUCGCACCAGCCUCCGCCCUCGGCGCCUCCCUCGGCUGGGGCGUAAUAAACUUCCUCUUCGCGAUCCCCGCUAUAAAAACAAUCGACACCUUCGGCCGCCGCAACCUCCUCCUAACAACCUUCCCCCUAAUGUCCCUCGCAAUGUUCUUCACAGGCUUCAGCUUCUGGAUCCCCGAAACGCACCACACAGCCCGCACAGCCUGCAUCGCCCUGGGCACCUACAUCUUCGGCAUCGUCUACUCCCCCGGCGAAGGACCCGUUCCAUUCACCUACUCGGCCGAGGCCUACCCGCUGUACGUUCGUUCGUACGGGAUGGCGCUAGCCACAGCCACGACGUGGUUUUUCAAUUUCGUUCUGGGCGUGACGUGGCCGUCGUUGAGGAAUGCGUUUACGGAUCAGGGGGCGUUUGCGUGGUAUGCGGGGUGGUGUAUUGUUGGGUGGUGGUUGGUUUUACUGUUUAUGCCGGAGACUAAGGGGAAGACGCUUGAGGAGUUGGAUCAGGUUUUUUCUGUGCCGACGAGGUUUCAUGCUGAGUAUGGGUUGAGGCAGAUUCCGUAUUUUUUGAAGAGGUAUUUGUUGAGGAGGGAUGUGAAGCCGGAGAUUUUGUAUGAGAAGGAGGAUGUUGUUGGGAUGGGUGAUGUUGGACAUAAUGCUUAG